CUCUAAGAAUUGAAAGCAAUCCUAAAGGCGAUCUUCUUACACUAUAGAAACAGACAAGCGCAUAUAUAUAGAGGAGGGUCGAAGAGCAAUAGGAAAAUAAAGAAGAAGCCUAUGGGGAACAUAAACAAGAAAUCCGGGUCUAUCUUCUCCAUCUUCAUGCAUGCUGACGCUGUAGAUUUGUUGUUGAUGAUUCUGGGUUUCAUCGGGGCCGUCGGUGAUGGUCUCUCCACGCCUGUCAUGUUAUUUGUAACCAGCAAGCUCAUGAACAAUGUUGGCAGUACCAUUUCCUUUCAAACCGUAAAUCAUGAUUUCACUCAUGAUAUUAACAAGAACGCCUUGGCUUUGUGUUACUUGGCUGCUGCUCAAUGGAUAGCUUCUUUCCUAGAGGGGUAUUGUUGGACAAGAACCGGUGAACGACAAGCUUCGAGAAUGAGAGCAAGAUACUUGAAAGCAGUGUUAAGGCAGGAUGUUGGCUACUUUGAUCUGCAUGUCACAAGUACCGCGGAGGUCAUCACUAGUGUUUCCAAUGAUACCCUUGUUAUUCAAGAUGUUAUCAGUGAAAAGGUUCCGGUUUUUUUGAUGAAUGCAUCCAUAUUUAUUGGAGCUUAUAUAGCAGCAUUCUUGAUGCUGUGGAGACUCGCGAUUGUAGGGCUUCCAUUUGCACUAUUCCUGAUCAUCCCAGGUCUAAUAUACGGAAGAACACUGACCAGCAUAGCAAGAAAGAUGAGAGUUGAAUAUAACAAAGCAGACGCGAUAACAGAACAAGCCAUCUCAUCAAUCAGAACAGUGUAUUCGUUUGUUGGAGAGAAGAGAAUCGUAUCGGAUUACUCAGCAGCACUGGAGGGGACAGUGAAAUUGGGACUCAAACAGGGACUGGCUAAAGGCUUGGCAAUUGGGAGCAAUGGGGUAGUUUUUGCAAUAUGGUCAUUCAUGUCAUAUUAUGGAAGUCGAAUGGUGAUGUACAAUAAUGCUCAGGGAGGAACAACAUUACAAGUUGGGUCUUGUAUCAUUGUCGGAGGAUUAUCACUAGGCUCCGGGUUAUCAGUGGUGAAAUACUUAUCUGAAGCAGUGGCGGCUGGGGAAAGGAUAACGGAAGUCAUAAACAGAGUGCCUAAAAUAGAUUUAGAGAACAUGGAUGGCAUGAUCCUAGAAAACAUUUCUGGUGAGGUGGAGCUAAGACACGUUGAAUUCGAGUACCCCUCCAGGCCCGAACCCAUGGUUUUCAAGGACCUGAACCUAAAAAUCCCAGCAGGUAAGAUGGUGGCGCUGGUGGGUGAAAGUGGAUCCGGUAAAUCAACGGUUAUUGCUCUGUUACAGAGAUUUUACGACCCUAUAAAAGGAGAAAUAUUGAUCGAUGGUGUACCCAUUGAAAAGCUUCAGCUGAAAUGGCUGAGAUCGCAAAUGGGGCUGGUGAGUCAAGAGCCAGCCCUCUUCGCCACCACAAUAAAAGAAAAUAUUUUGUUCGGCAAGGAAGAUGCUGACAUCGACGAGGUUAUUGAAGCUGCCAAAGCUUCUAAUGCUCACAACUUCAUCAGUCAGUUGCCCCAAGGUUACGACACCCAGGUUGGUGAAAGAGGUGUUCAAAUGUCGGGAGGGCAGAAACAGAGAAUAGCUAUAGCGCGAGCAAUCAUCAAGUCCCCCCGAAUACUACUCCUUGACGAAGCUACUAGCGCCCUCGACUCAGAAUCCGAACGAGUAGUACAAGACGCACUCGACAAGGCAGCUAUUGGCCGCACUACAAUCAUCAUUGCACACCGCCUCUCCACUGUCCGAAAUGCUGACCUCAUUGCCGUGCUACAACAUGGAGAUGUCAAAGAAAUCGGAUCACAUAAUCAUCUUAGCAAAGACCAAAAUAGUGUCUACACAACCUUACUCAACCUCCAACAAAGCCAAAAGAAUCAUGAAUGUUCACUAAACCCAUUAACAACCACCAAUAACACAGCGUCCUCGUCGCCAAAUACUGAUAUAAGUGCGUGUCUGUCUGCAUCAGCAAACUCCGUGGCACGAGACGAAGAACAACAUACCAGUAAUGCCCCUGUGAUAUUGAAUGAACAAGUUUCAUCAGUACCUUCAUUUAAAAGACUGUUAGCUAUGAAUUCUCCUGAAUGGAAACAAGCUGUGCUAGGAAGUCUAUCUGCAGUAAUUUUCGGUGCUGUUCAGCCUGCUUACUCUUUUGCAUUGGCAUCCACACUAUCUCUGUUUUUUCUUCGAGAUCAUGAAGAGAUUAAACGGAAAACCAGGAUAUAUGGACUCUGGUUUCUUGGCUUGGCUGUCUUUUCUGUGGUGAUCAAUAUAAUUCAGCAUUACAAUUUUGCGGCUAUAGGAGAGUACUUGACCAAGAGGAUCAGAGAAAGAAUGUUAUCCCGAAUUCUCACAUUUGAGAUUGGAUGGUUUGAUCGCGAUGAAAACUCUAGUGGUGCCAUCUGUUCUCGCCUUGCCAAAGACGCCAAUAUGGUAAGAUCUUUAGUAGGUGAUCGAAUGGCACUUGUCAUUCAAACAACUUCCGCAGUUAUAAUUGCUUGCACAAUGGGCUUAGUCAUUGCCUGGAGGCUUGCGGUUCUGAUGAUUGCAGUGCAGCCCCUCAUCAUUGUUUGUUAUUACUUCAAGCGCAUCCUGCUGAAAAGCAUGUCCUCAAAGGCCGCCAAAUCUCAGGAGGAAACUAGCAAGUUAGCAGGCGAGGCGGUCUCCAAUCUAAGAACCGUGACAUCUUUUUCAUCCCAGAGCCGAAUCCUUAAAUUGGUUGAAAAGGCCCAAGAAGGCCCGAGCAGUGAAAGUGCUCGACGAUCUUGGUAUGCUGGUUUUGGACUUGGUACCUCCCAGAGCCUCGUGCUAUGCACUUGGGCUUUAGACUUUUGGUACGGUGGCAAACUAAUUGCGGAUGGUCACAUUGAUGCUAAGGCUCUGUUUCAAACCUUUAUAAUCUUGGUAAGCACGGGCCGUGUGAUAGCAGAUGCUGGGAGUAUGACCAAUGAUCUUGCUAAAGGUUCUGAUGCAGUUCGGUCAGUUUUUGCUGUAUUGGACCGUGAUUCCCUCAUUGAUCCCGAAGAUCCAGAAGGCUACAAGCCAGAUAAAAUUACAGGCAGAGUUGAGUUAUGUGAGGUAAAUUUUGCAUAUCCAGCCAGGCCUAAUACGAUGAUCUUCAAAAACUUCUCCAUCUGCAUAGAAGAAGGGAAAUCAACAGCACUGGUUGGCCAGAGUGGAUCAGGAAAAUCAACUAUAAUCGGGCUGAUCCAAAGAUUUUAUGAUCCACUUCAAGGCGUAGUCAAAAUUGAUGGAAAAGAUAUAAGGUCAUACCACCUUAGAUCACUAAGGCAACACAUUGCACUUGUCAGUCAAGAACCAACACUAUUUGCUGGCACUAUACGUGAAAAUAUCAUGUAUGGAACAAGUAAUCAAAAGAUUGAUGAAACCGAGGUUAUUGAAGCAGCUAAGGCAGCCAAUGUGCACAUUUUCAUUACAGGGCUAAAAGACGGAUACGAUACAUGGUGCGGAGACAAAGGACUGCAAUUAUCAGGAGGUCAGAAACAACGCAUUGCUAUAGCUCGCGCUAUACUUAAAAAUCCUGCAGUGUUAUUGUUGGACGAAGCAACAAGUGCACUCGAUAGCCAAUCUGAGAAUGUGGUUCAAGCUGCACUGGAGCACGUUAUGAUGGGAAGAACCAGCAUUGUAGUGGCACAUAGAUUGAGUACGAUACAGAGUUGUGACACAAUCGCGGUGCUAGACAAAGGGAAAGUUGUCGAAAAAGGGACACAUUCUUCACUGAUUUCGAAAGGAUCUGUGGGAGCUUACUAUGCAUUAGUAAGCCUGCAAAGAACGCCCAAUGGUGGCGGCACCAUCAAGUAAAGUAGUCCCUGUAUUGUUGCAUACUGAUUUUGUACUUGGUCUCGGAUGAUUAUUGUCAUAAGUUCAUAACCUCUUAAAUGUCUUGAAUGAUAAGGACUAUUGUUAUCGGCAUAA